GUCACAACACCAGUAUUCGUGCGGACGUGAUUGAAGGUAGAGGUGCGUUAGUGUAUUCAGUGGAAAUUGAUUCCUAUCCUGUGAAAAGCGGCUGUUUGCCAGUGGCAGACACCAUGCCGGAGUAUAUUAGUGUAAACGACUACAUCAACGAGGUGAAAGAUGACAUUUCAUCUCCACCAACGAGCAAUUUCGUCUCCAAAAUGCCUCUUUGUAGGCAGACUGUCAACGAUCUGGAGGAGGUAUUGGAUCGAGAUCGUGAAGGUUUAUCAAGGAUGAAGAAGGUUGUCAAACUUAUGCACAAUACAGGCCAAGGAUAUGUUGGCUCAGAGAAUGAUAUGAGUGAUGCUCUGCGAAGGCUUGGUGAGAUAGGUGGUCGACCAGAGGACAAAGCAUUGAGUGAGGCUUUUCACAAAUUUGCUGUUGUAAUUCGGGAACAUUCUCAGUUGCUACAACAGCUGAUAACAAACCAAAGAAACAACCUUUUGCAUCCCCUUGACAGUGUAUUGAAAGGUGACCUUAAAGGAGUGAAGGGAGAUUUGAAACAACCUUUUGAUAAAGCAGCCAAAGUAUACGAUGCCAAGUUUGCAAAAAUUGAAAAGGAUAAAAAACAGCAGGCAAAAGAAGCAGGCUUCAUCAAAGUUGAAGUCGAUGCUGCUGAAGUGGCUGAAGAAAUGAGCAAAGAGAGGAAGAUGUUUCAACUCCAGAUGUGUGAUUACCUCAUAAAGGUGAAUGAAAUCAAGACCAAGAAAGGUGUAGAAUUUUUGCAGAAACUUGUGGAAUAUUAUCAUGCAUAUUGCAAAUAUUUUGAGGAAGGUAUGAAAACAUGGGCACAUUUUGGAACGUACGUAAGCGAACUCAGUGAAAAACUGAGAGAUGUACGUCACAGGCAAGAAGAGGAGCGUCGUCAUCUACUAGCUACUCGCAAGAUUAUCAGUAACUCCCUCUCUGCAGAGGCAAAAACAGAGCUUUCGGGUGUUGCAACACAUGGGUACUCCUUACAUCGUCAAACUGGCAACAAAAUUCAUGGCACAAACAAGAGUGGCUAUUUGUACAAGAAGUCUGAAGGUAAAAUGCGUAAGGUAUGGCAGAAGAGGCGAUGUGAAGUUAGGGAAAGUGUUUUGUACAUUCACCAUUCGGAUGAAACCAAGCAGCCUGUUACUGUACCAUUGCUAACUUGUCAAGUCAGAGCCAGUAUGGAUGAUGGCAAAUGUUUUGAUUUAGUAUCAUAUAACAGAACAUAUCAUCUCAUGGGAGAGGAUGAAAAAGAAACAGCUGCUUGGAUGUCUGUCCUCCUCAACAGUAAAGAAGGGGCAUUACAGAAAGCACUUUGUGAUGAUAAUCCAGGACCAUCACCAGCAGAUUCUGGUUUUAGAGAAUUGCAGCAAAGAAUUAUAUCAUAUGUACGCGGGCUUCCUGGUAAUAACCUUUGUUGUGACUGUGGAGGCACUAAUGAUGUAACCUGGCUGUCAACUAAUUAUGGUGUGAUGGUAUGCAUCGAAUGCUCAGGAAUUCACAGAGAUUUAGGAGUUCAUGUUUCAAGAAUACAAAGUUUAACACUAGAUAAGGUUGGAACAGCCCAGUUACUCUUAGCUCGUCAUAUGUCAAAUAACUCUUUCAAUGAAGUGACUGAAGCUACUUCACCACGAAAACCAGAGCCAACAAGUACAAUUGACUCACGAGAAGAUUGGCUAAGAAGGUGGGAUGAACGAAGGGAAUUUAUUCAAUCAAAAUAUGUUCGUCGAGCAUUUGUACAGCCUACGACAGCCACCCCUGAAGAUUUAUUAGUUCAACUCCGAGAAGUUAUUGAUAAGAACGAUCUUUAUGGGCUUCUGCGUGUUUAUUUCCAGGGAGGAGACUUAGGAUUACCAUUGACUUCAUUGGGAGAAUGUGCACUCCAUGUUGCUAUAUACCAGGAAAAUGGAGCAUCCCUUCCCUUAGUAGAUUUUUUGGUUCAAAACAGUCAUUCUCUUGAUCGUCAGACAAAGGAAGGAAACACUCCAUUACACUACUGUGUCAUCUCAAAUAAACCAGAAUGUAUGCGAUUACUGUUAAGAGUGGGUGCUAACCCAAGUAUAGAGAAUAACAAUGGCAAGAAUCCUAUGGAUAUUGCUAGUGAGCGUAAUUGUGGGCUAAUGGAAGAUAUGCUGAAUCAGGCAUUGCAACAGAAGAAGUCUAUGUUUGAAAAUGUGGAGUAUGAGUGGAAUUUGUCUGAUGACAAUUUAACAGAUGUAUCAGAUGAUGAUGAAAACUUCAAGCAGAAUGGCAUGUCCACCCCUGAAAAGAGAAGUAGAAGUAGACCUGUGAGUUUGCCGGGUUCAAGCUCUCCCAUAUGCCAACGAAGUGCUGAACAUAGAACAUACAGUGAUCAAAGAAGUGUAGGAGAAUAUCGAAGUAGUGAGCAUCGUAGUUCAACUUCUAGGUGGUCCAGAAAUCAGCCUCCACCACCACCAGUGUCUAGUAAACCCAUAUUGCCCCUUGGUAAUGUGACGGAGACUCUACAGAAGCGACCAGCACCUAAACCCCCUGCUGGUUCCCAAAACACCUCUUUCUUCAUGCCCCGCUUCAGUCAUUCCCGCACGCCUUCCGAUCCCAUGCUGGGAACUUCACCCUACCACCCAGGCCUGCCCCAUAACAACAACAAUAAUGGUAGUGGUGGUGGGGGUGGUGGUAGCCUGGGAGGGAUGGGCCACAAGAGGAGCCCAUCAACAGAUUCUAGUAAUAGUGUGUUUUUCCCACAACCUUCUUCCUCUUCCAACAACACUACUUCCUCCGGGACUACACGCUUCUCUCUAUCCCAUAAUUUGCCCCCUGAGGCUACAUCAGGUAGCACAAGUGAUGGACGACCUCUUGACACAGAUACAUCACCUUCAUCUUCACCUCAAGAAUCUCCUAAUACCUUCAUUAAUGGUCGAUCAACAGAGUCACUUUCUUCACUUGUCUCAGAUGAUCCACGUCCACCACCCAGAAUGAGAGGUAGCUCAAUGCGACAGAGAAGAUGCCAGGCUCUGUACGACUGUGAUGCAGAUUUAGAUGAUGAGUUAAGCUUUACAGAGGGAGAAAUUAUUAUUGUUCUUAAGGCUGAAACUGAAGAUGGCGAUUGGAUGGAAGGCAUGAUUGAAGGACAACCACAUCGUAGAGGCAAAGUACCUAUAAACUUUGUUCAUAUGUUAUCAGAUUAAUAUGGGGCUCAACUGAAGUUUAGUGGUUUUCUUUCAGAUUUUUUGAAUAUGUUUGUUAUAAGUACAAUUUAAUUUGUAUAACUUGGUGAAGAAUAAACCAUAAUUUGAUUUGAAAAUGCAUAGGUGCUCAUGAUUUGUACAGGUGCUAAAAGAUACCAGUCAUAAUACUGUACUAGCUUAGAAGAGAAAAUUAUAUCCUUGCAUUGUAUUGUUUUUAGUAUAUGGCAUGUUACUUGACCAUUUUACCACAUCCUUUAAUUAUAAGUAUUUAUAGUGAAGUCACAAAUAAAUUAAUACACUUAAGUUUCCAUCCAAGUACAAACCAUUGCUUAUAUGUGUCUUCUUGCUGACAUUUUUUGGGGGAAUGAAAGUAGCUGUUAUAAUUGCAAUUCAACACAAACUGGACCAUUUUAGAUCUAACUGCCCAUAAAUUAAUAUAACUGUUUAGUAUAAAAGUGCUUCAAGGGAGGUCUAUAUUGUAUGUCCAUAUCCACAAGGGUAACUAUGUGGCGGUUCAGAAUCCAUUCUUUCAAUUUUUUAAAUGUUUAUUACAGUUUUCUAUUGAAGAUGCAACCAUCAAGUCCUAUAGAUGUAAAAAUGUUUUAUUUUUAUAUUCAAAAGAAUUACUUUAAUUGUUUUAUUCCUGAACUUAAAACUGACUAGUAUUAUUCUAAAACAGUUUAAUCACUAGUAGUAGUGAUUUUAGUAGUGUGCUUAGUCUGAAAAGUGGUAGCAAUUACAUGACUUAGGGGAAAAUUAAAUAUUAUAGAAACUCCCAUUGGUAUGCUGUGGAGAGAAAUAAAAAUUAUUGUCAAGCUAUGUGUCUGAACAUUGUUAAUCUCACAGAUUCAGAGAAAAGAUGGUAAAACUGGGGAUGCUAUGUGACUGAUUGAUACUAACAAAGCAGUAAUUUGUGAAUGUAUGUGAGUGACAUGUAUAGCAGUAAGCAACUAAAUGAUAAUGAAUCUUUGGUCCAAGUUAGGUGGUUACCUAAGUAUAAAGGAAGCAAUCAUCAGUUCUUUCAGCAUUUAGUGGUUGAGAGAUCAUGUUAUUAAAACUGUUUAAGUUCUUAAAGGUGUUUAAGCUUCAGAUAAAAGUGAACCUAAAUUUUAGAUAGCUCCUUUCAUUUAGCACUACAUAUGCACAGAGAAUAUAGUUUAAGGGGAACAGUUUUGGAAUAUUGAUAUUUUGUUUACAUAUGUUCACUCUAUUUCAAUUCUUACUGUUUGAGUCCUAAGCACAUUUUUCUGUAUCCCAUCGUAGUGCAAGUGAUGGCUUCUCACAUCACUUUCUCAACUACCUUGGUUUUUAAAAAGUGACCAAAUUUGUCAUUAGCAUGUUACAGAAGUUGUCCUGCUUUCGUAGGCAGAAAAUUUGGGAAACAGAAAGGCCCUUUUAAUUUACCUUGCAUUUUUAUGUAAAAUGUUUCUAACGCAAACUACAUUUAUAUAGAUAUGCUUAUUUAAUAGUUUCACCUUCCCCACUCAAUUCCCCAUUUUAAGAAAUUUCAGGUUUUUCAUUUCAAGUAAUAAUAUGGUUUGCACUUAAGCAAUGAUGGGAAUGAUGAAUAGUGUGAAUAUGUACAUACUAAAUGAUUUACUAAGAGUUUAGCACCUAAUUUUUUAGACCCACUGCCCAUAGAAGAAGGCAAGAUUCUAGUUGGUUAAUAAAGUCUAGCUGUAGAAGGGUCAAUGGUAUCCUGGGUAAAAGCAAAUCAGUCAUUAAACAUGUACCUGACAACCUAAAAGUGUGUUGUCAAGUACUACAUAACUCUACAGGUCUGCAAUCUAACCUAACUUCUGAGAAGAUGCAAGUUUUCAUUAUGGUAGAGUAAUAGAGCAGUAAUGAACAGAAGUAUUAAUUAAACUACACAAUGUGUUCUCCCAAUCCUUGCAAAUGCAUAUUUGUAAGAAAGUAAAAGGUCAGCUGCCAGUUAGCAUUGAUUUACUCACUUUUGAUGCUAGCCACCUUCCACGGCUACAAUUCAACAGAAGUGUCAGCAUAGAGGCAUAUAUAAGACCACACUUGUAUACUGUGAGAUAUUUAAAUUAUUUGAAGUUUUGUCAUUUUUGUUCUUGUAUGGUUCAGGUGUAUGCCAAGGUUAUAUUUCAUAAAACUGCCAAGCCCUCGUAAAAGUAAAAAUGACCAACAGGAUUCUUAGAAAAUGCUAUACUGUAUAAUCAUUUCAAUAUUACUUUAUAAUCUGGGCAAAUUAAGCAGUUUCUUUGACAAGAGACUUUUAAUAAUGAAGACUAGAGUGAGAACGAAAGGUCAGAGUAAUUUUCACACAUGAAAUAUAGUUUGCAGAAUUCCAUCAUGUUGUAUGUACUAUUGCGAAAAUCUUGUGAAAUUUGGAUCAGCCCCAUCUUCAAAUAGCUUAAUACUGUUUUGUUCUUUUCCAAUCUUUAGUAUUCUCAUGAGUUAGGAGAAUUUGAAAAUUAAAUAGGUGUGAUUCUUUCCUAACAAUUAUAGUUGCUUAAUUUUGAAGAAUGAUUUAUUUUUGAAGUCUGUUAUGUACAAGGCAAUAUAGUAUGUUCUGUCACAUUGCCAGUAUAACCCAUACAGUUGCCAUUUGUUUGUAUAUCCAUUUACAGAGAUUGCCUUAUGAGUACACUGUUAGUAGUAUACAACAGUUUUUUUUAGCAUCUACGUAUUGCCCUACUUUUAUAUCUUUCUUCUUCUUCCUUUGCCUUUCAUCUUUUUAUUUUUAUCAAUUAUUUCUUAGCUACAGCUUCUUUAAUGAAAUCAUGGUACAGUUUUUGCAUCUCAAUGAAAAUAAGUCCUUUUGGACAGUCUUGUAGAAAGGAGACAAAUUGGGUUAGAAAUUGAAAUAAGCUUAGAAUGAUGGAUUUUUGUUAUAUUUUCUCUCUGAGGUACAUGUAGCAUUAUAUUUCUACCAGUUAUCGGUUCGUCUUUUAGUUACUAAGUGUACUAUACUGGUAAUUUCAUUUCAAUUUGUGUUGAACAUAUAAUAGCAUAGGUUGUCAUCCAAUCUCACUUGAAUUUUAAUAUCUUAAUUUAGCAAAUAUUUUAUUAGUUUGAUAAAGUUAUACCUGCUUAUUAAAAAAACAAAAAAAAACAAGCAAACAACCACUUGAGUAAAGGAGGCCCUUAGCACCAAAUGAGCACUUUGUGUUUGGAUAUAAGUCUUGGUUAAUAUAGAGUACAAUUGCCAAUACUCCAUACGACUGUUGUACAUGUAAUGCACUGUUUAAGUUUUAAGUUUGUAGGGGAUUGCAAAGAAGAACAUUAAGGACACCGUAGGUAAACAUGUCAAGAGUUAGUACUUAAUUAUAUAUUUUAGGUACAUUGCCCACAGAAGAAAGGCAAGAUUCUAGUUGGUUAAUAAAACGUCUUGCUGUAGAAGGGUCAACGGGAUCGUGGGUAAAAGGAAUUUAGUCAUUAAUGUUACUCAGAUAGUAAAAAAAAAAAAAUGCUAGACAAGCUGCAUGUACCUGACAACCAGAAAUGUGUUGUCAAGUACAUAACCAUUUGAUACUUCCACCAUCUUACUCGACCCCCUUAUGCAGCCAUUUCUGAUCCUAUCCUCUCUUGUCAGCCCAGACAUCCACCUAAGCAUUCUUAUUUCUGCCACAUCCAUCUUCUCCUCUGUCUUUCUCAUGCUCGCUGUUUCCAUACCAUACAGCAUUGCUGCUCUUACCACCGUCUUGUGAAAUUUUCCUUUUAACCUCGGCAGUACUCGUCACAAAGAACUCCAUAGGCCUUUCUCCAGUUGUUCCAGCCAGCCUGUACCCAAUGUUUUACUUCUUCCAUACUUCCUCCAGUGUUAACAAAGGAUCCCAAAUAAUUAAACUUAUCAACUCUUUAUUUGUUCUCCACCAAGCUGAAUACUUUCUCUAUCCUCCCCCUCAUUGGUGGUACACAUAUAUUCUGUCUUAGAUCUCCUUAUUCUCAUUCCUCUGUCCUCCAGUACUUAUCUCCCAUCUUUCCAAUUUCAUCUCCAGAUCUUCCCUGCUCUCUGUGCACAGAACAAUAUCAUCCGCAUUCAAUUUGUUCCAUGGUACUGCCUCCCUUACUUCCUCUAUUAUAACAUCCAUCACUAUGUUAAAGAUAAAUGGGCUCAGAGCCGACCCCUGGUGUAAUCCUACUCUCACCUUAAAACCCUCUGCCUCCCCAACUCUGCUCCUCACUCUGGUAAAUAGAGCAGUAAUGAACAGAAGCAGUUAAGUCAGUUGCAGAGGAAAAGAUUGCCAAAAUCAUCUGAUGGGUGAAAAUAAAUGGUGUUAAAAAUAAGUUUAUGUAUUGCAAAUGCUGGGAAUGAUAUCAGGACAAAAACAAGUCAGGUCUUCUAGCUGAAGGGUUUAGUUUUUAUGGUAGUUUCUGUCACCACUGAGACUAUCAAGUUAAGGGUUACUUUCUGCAAGGGCCCUAAAACCGAUAGCUAACACUGUCAGGUUAGAUCCUAUAUACUGUACUUGUUGUUAGAGGGUAUAAUACUCCAGGUACAUUAAAGGGUCUAAAAGUCUCCCAUCCCACCCCACCAACUCUUCUUGAAGGCUUGUGGGUCAAGUGCCAAAAAUAUCAUAACAUAAAGAUGAGUUAUAUUAAUUUGACUUUGAUGGCCAUAUUUGUUGUAAUGACAGUUAAUGGAAAUCAGUCAGUCAUUUUAAUGUGUCAUUAAAAUUUUCUUUGGGUGAAUAUGAUUCAUAAAAUUUAUAUUUUUUCUUGGCACUUGCUGAUAUGACACCUGUCUCAGAAAAGUAAGUUAUACUCUAGCACAUGUUAAUAUAAAUCCCUGUAGGAUGCACAGUAUGUAUAUAUACUGUACUUUUAUUUUUCAUGCAUUUCUUAACAUUGAAAACUUGAUUCAAUCAGGGUCUUCGUUCCAACACAUUUUUAAAAAUACAGAUGGCCAUAGACUUCUUGGUAUAUUUUAAUCUAGUGUAUUAUUGUAGAGUGCACGGAAUAUAAUGACUGAUUUACUUGUUGGUUGCCUUUUUUUCACUGUAAUUUUCAUGGUUGAUGAAGAUUCUUCCUGUGUUUAUCAGUUAUGAGGUUGCAAACAAAUUUUGAUUUGUUUUGUUAGUUACAGAAUGCUUUAACCUUAAAUUCUAAAUUGACUUAACUUUAUUUUAUGGAUUCAAAAUUGGCUCAACUCUAUUUUACAUUACAUAAUUGUUUGCCAAGUUCAAUGCUGUCAGUUAUUUAUCAGGUUUAAGGUAUAGCUGGAUACAGUAGCUACCUUAGUUGUUUGUUAGUUGUGACUCUUGCUAUUGUCACAGUACAUACAUUGUGUAAAUGAUAAAUAUGUAUGCAUUUAUUCUGGCUCUAAAGAUAGAGAGAGCUAUGUGUCAGUAAAAUGUGUCACAAGUAUGGUUUUGAAAUAAUAUUCUUUACCCCUGAAUUAUAAAAACCAAUGUGCUUAAUUCAAGCAAUUUUUUUUCUCUUGUUUUUCAUUACUUGUACAUUGCCUCAUAUUCUUGAAGCCAUGUCUAGUAACUCAGGGAUGUUGCUGUUCAGCGCACAGCAUAAUUUUCCCAAGUAUAGGCCUCAGUGCUAUUAUGGUGAUAUUCUUCACUGAAAAAUUACCAAAGCAUACAUAAGGCAUUCAAAAACUUUUUUUUUUUUUAAUGUAAAUCCAAAUAUACUGCAUUUCCAGCCUAGUGUGUGAAAUUAGGAAGGAAAGAGUUAUAGGGAAGAAAACAAGCUCAAAAUAAUUGUUAUAUAACAUUCGUUUUAAGUCAACUAUGUUUCAAUAGUCACAUAGCUUCAUGUUAUGUAUUGUUUAUAAAAUCAUAAUUUGCUGUCAUUUGAAUAAAGGAAUGAUUUCAGUAGAUUUUUAAAAACCAGAAAUGUCUUCCUUUUCAUGUCUACCAGUUUGGUACAAUUUAUGUAAAUAUUGUACAUGACGAAAGGAAAUUUAAACCACUCAUAACUUUUUUUUGAGUUACAGGUCAUUUUUGAAAAUACAUAUAACUAAUUAUAUAUAUACAUAGGCCCACCUAAUCACUCCUAUUACUGUAAAGGAUGUGAUCAUUAACAUUAUAUGAAUGUACAUAGCUCAAAUAUAUUUAAAUAUGUAAAUAGAAUGUGCAGUGUAAUGUACAGGUGUAUUUGAAAUGUUAAAAGUCAAAGUCUUUAUAAUUCUUAUGUAAAUAUUGUGUUCAUGUAUGCAGUGUAUGGUCUGCGAGGUGACCAUUGCACCUGCCCAUUGCACUUGAUAGUAUAGUUUUAUGUGAAGCCAUUGUCAGUUACAUAGGUAUAGUAUUGGAGUAUAUUUUAGUCAGACUUGCUCUUGACUUUGGGGUGGAUAUAGUGUGUUUGUUGAGAAAUGUUGAUCACUAUAUGACUUUGUCAUACUUUAGGAAAUGGUAUUCAUGGAACAGACUAACUUAUUGAUUCUUUCAGAUAGGCAACAUUGUUGUAUAUAUACAGCAUGUAUAUUUUUAGGGACACAUGUAUUGUGGCUAAAUGAUGAAUGGAGUGUGGUUUCAUUGUUAGAAAAAGUUCUACUGGAAACUUAUUGAAGUUUCAUCAGCUUUAUUUGAAUUACAAGGCUGUGGGAUGCCUUUUAUCACUUUUAGAGGUAGGAUGAGCCCCAUCAAUGGAUUUUCAGUUUGGAACUUGGUUUCAUUAUAGAAGAAAUUUUGUUCAGAGGAAAGUAAUAUUUUUGAGGGGUUGCUACUAAACAGAAAAUGCAAGAUAGUGCAUAUGUGAUAUUAUUCAGAAAGAUUUGGUAUUUACAUUAAGUCAAGGACUAAAUUAAGCUUUGCUUCCGCUGUGUAGUGGAAAGUGUAUGUAAAUAACUUAAUUCUUGAAGUUUGACUUGAUAGCUUUUUCUGUAUGCACAGUGGAAUAUAUUGAGGGAAGUUCACAUUGAUUUAUGAAUUUUAACUUUAGUAGUUACAAACAUUCUAAUUAUUAUAACCUCUGGGAAGCUUUCAGUACUGACCAUAGGUGGUGAUGCAUAGUCUUUUUUUCAUUGUCUAGUUCUAAAAUUAUUUUGGAACUUUGAUCAUUUCAUGGCAACUAAAUAACCUUAUUUUAUUUCUUAUGACUAACAUAUGUAGUCGGAGGAAAAACACAAUAGUACAGGAUAGUUUUGUUGUGAACCCUCAAUUCAGUGCCUGGCAAAUUAUUCAAUCUAGUAAAGUAGUUUUUCUCUUUCAAGAAUUUCUCAUUUUGGUCUCCAGAGUCUUAACUUAUUGCGCUGUAGUAACUAAACCUAUGAGUCUUUAACCAUAUAAAUAAUAAUAAGUGGCUUGAGAAAUCUAAUACUAGUUGUUAGGCAGACAUCUUGCUCAAGCACUAUUUUUUUUCCUUGCCAAUUCUUUGGUUAAGUUGCAGUAAUUGCUAAUAAAUGGUAAUUCACUUAAUUACUAAAUAGUUUUUGUGACUGUAUUGGAUGCUGUCAAUAAUUCUUAACACUCACUCAUGUUGACAGGAGUCAUCACUUCUCUCAAAAUAUUCCUAAACUGCCUCAUUUGUGACAAACACUUGCACUAACAAAAAAAUAAUUAGAAACAAAAGAUAGCCAGAGGUAAUUAAGUUUUCUAAUUUUACUCCACAUUCUUUAAUUCUGAAGACUUGCAGACUUUAUUGUACUAUAUACUUUAGGGAUGAUGUGUGCAGUAUACGCUAUUAACGUUACUAUCCACCCCUGUUCAGAGUAUGUAUAUAUUGAGUUCAGGAUUUUAAAAGAUUAUGACCACAUGAACUUGCCUGUUGUUCAGAGAAUUCUUUGGUAUAAGUAAAGGUUGAUAGAUAAUUUCUUUUUCAAGAUUAUACCAUACCAUGGAAGUCUGAAAAAUGGAUUUAAAGAUUGUACCAUACCAUGGCAUGGAAGUCUGAAAAAUGGAUUUAAAGAUUGUACCAUACCAUGGAAGUCUAAAAAAUGAAUUUAGAGUGAUUAUUUAAAUAGAUGUAAUUUACUUCUUGUGGAAGCAUGUAUUCUCUGAUUUCAUGAAUCUUUAUAUAUAUAUAUUUAGCAGUUAAAUGUUCAGUGCUCAUUGCUUCAUUGAUAUUGUAAUAAAGAUAUAUGAUUAUGAAGACUAAUGUUGUAAAAUUCUCUUUAUACUGACAGGGAGCAGUGUACAUUAUUAUUUGAACCUGUGUACGUAUAGAUAUUUGGCAGACUGGACAUGGUUAUUGUUGCUGUGCAACUGUUAUAGUCCAGUAAGUGUGUGUAUGUGUGUGAAUAUGGUAUUGUUCUCUGUAUAUACUGGUCAUAAUGUCAUUUAUUUGUAAUGGUUCAUCAUAAGUAUAAAUAUAAAAUUUUUUUUUU